CCCUCCGCCACUCUACCGCUCUACCGCUCUACCGCUCUACCGCUCUACCGCUCCACUGCUCCGCCGCUACCGAAGUUUGUAUGUGUGCUUUCAUGCUCGCCUCCCUGCAAGAGCUUCUCAUCUCAAGUACGCAUAGUUACAAGCUUUGAUAUCAAUUCCCCCUCCUAUACCAUAUUAUUUUCUGGUCAGUUACGAGGAAUCCGAAAUGAACUUCAAGAACGCUCGGGUCCCGAAUGCGGGGGCAGCGUCCGCGCUGGUAAAGGUCGCUUUGAUCGGAGGCGCUGGCGUGUAUGCUGCUCUCAACAGCCUCUACAAUGUCGACGGUGGCCAUCGGGCCAUUGUCUUCAACCGCAUCCAAGGAAUCAAAGAUAAGGUUUAUCCUGAGGGAACACAUUUAAUGAUACCUUGGUUUGAGCGGCCAAUCAUAUACGAUGUCCGUGCUCGACCCCAUCUUGUGGAGAGUACAUCUGGAAGCCGUGAUCUUCAGAUGGUGAAAAUUGGGCUUCGGGUGCUUACCCGCCCGAUGCCUGAUCAGCUUCCAACAAUUUACCGAACUCUUGGAGAAAACUACAAUGAGAGGGUUCUACCAUCAAUUAUCCAUGAAACUUUGAAAGCUGUUGUUGCACAAUACAAUGCCAGCCAACUUAUUACACAGAGAGAGGCUGUGAGUAGGGAAAUAAGGAAAAUUUUGACUCAGAGGGCAGCAAACUUCAAUAUUGCACUGGAUGAUGUGUCAAUUACAACUCUCAGUUUUGGUAAGGAAUUUACCCAUGCAAUCGAAGCUAAACAGGUUGCUGCGCAAGAUGCUGAGAGGGCCAAAUUUAUAGUGGAGAAGGCUGAGCAGGACAAAAAGAGUGCUAUAAUAAGAGCCCAGGGUGAGGCCACAAGUGCUCAGCUUAUCGGGCAAGCAAUAGCAAGCAACCCAGCAUUCCUUGCCCUGAGAAGGAUCGAGGCUGCAAGAGAAGUGGCUCAGACGAUUUCCAACUCUGCCAAUCGUGUCUUCUUAAACUCGGAUGAAUUGUUGCUUAAUCUGCAGGACCUCAACUUGGAGAGCACCACAAAACUCAAGAAAUAGCUCAUAAAGCUCUUCAUAGGGAUUUCAUGUUGGACUCUGGCAAGUUGACUCGUUACAUUUCUUUCUACAGUUAGAUCCCUUAUUUUUGCAUACUAUGAGAAUAUGUUUUUUAAUGAUUCAAAUUUGAUAUUUUUAGAGGAAAAUGAUUUUUCCACAACUUUAUUUUGUUUGUUUAGUUUAAUUGCUAUGCAUUAGUUUUAUAAAAUAUAAAAGAUUUUGAUGACUAUUAGUGCUUUUUGGGAUCUCUAAAUAUUUCAAGAAAUUAUUAUGAGUGAAUUUUGCA